AUGCAUUAUUUCAACUGUAGGGAUUUUACUUUGGAAACAGACGGGGUAAAAGUGAUUGAAAAUGUAUUAACAUUGAAAGAAAUUUCAACCCUUCAAAAUACCAUGUGGACUUGGCUUCAUAAUAAAACCCAACACUUAAAUAAACCCAUUGUUCAAAAUGAUCCCUCUACCUACGUCUCUAUUUUUAAACUUUGUCCCAAACAGGGCAGGUUGUUUCAAUAUGGGGAUUUUGGACAUAAUCCACUGUCUUGGACUAUUCGUCAACAUCCUAAUGUGAUAGAAGAAUUUAUUCGUAUUUGGCAUACCGAGCACCUAUUAACUAGUUUUGAUGGUAUCAGUAUUUCUUUACCGCAAAAAUUUAACAAGCACAGCUGUCAUCACAACAAAGAAUGGUUUCAUACUGAUCAAAAUUUUCAACGUAACGGAUUUGAAUGUGUACAAGGAUUAGUUAAUCUCUAUCCCGUCCACAAGGGCGAUGCAACCUUUCGAUUUUUGAGAAAAAGUCAUGCACUGCACCAAGCUUUUCAAGAGACUUUUCAAAUUAAACACAAGUCAGAUUGGUGCUUGUUAACUCCUCCACAAAAACAAUUUUAUAUUGAUCGUUUGGAAAAAAACUCCGAUAUUUGUGUAGAAGCUCCUGCUGGUUCACUAGUGUUGUGGGACAGUCGAACGAUCCAUCAAGAAAUAGGACCUCAAAAAAAUAAUAAAUGUUCUAUUCAAUGUACUCCAUAUGUGUGUAUGACACCAGUCAAUCUCGCUAGCAAAUUGCAACUCAAGAAAAGAAUAAAAUAUUUCGAAGCGAAACGAACGUGUAAUCAUUUACCUCACAAAGUCAAAGUGAUUAGUAAAUUACCAAUAUCAUUUGGUAAACACUGCCCAACAAUGGAUCUAGACAAUUUACAAGUGACGGAUUUAAUAAAAAGAUUAGUUGGAUAUCCCUAUCUUCAUAGAAAAUAUAAACCAUUAAAAGUGAAAGUCAGUAUUUGA